GUCCAGAAAGACGGCGACGGUCGACCAGCACAACACUGUUUCAAGAGUCAAGAGGUUGUCGCUCAAAUUUGCAGCGGGGUCAGGCUUCUUACUGUUUUUUGCAAUCUCCUUUGCGACACGAGUACAUCUGCGUCUAUCGCCUUGAUCUCACCCGCAGAGUCCAUCCAAAAUGGGCAAGAAAGCGACUCGCCCGGCCGCUACGAAAACUUCCUCCGCUGCGUCGCCCGCGGUAGCUGGAUUGACACAUGUCGGGAACCAGUCUUCUAUCCUGAAGGCUUCUUUCGCUCCGUCGGAAUAUCAAUUGGCGCUUUUCGCAUCGGUCAUUCAAGGUCUCGGUGCCCAGCAUCUCCGCAUUCACGAUACGAACACAGGACGGUUACAGUGCGAACAUGUCCUGGGACCCAAAGAGACUAUCACAUCACUAGACUGGGGCUACUUCGCCGGUCGCCAGAAGGACAAGGAUCAGCAGUCAAAGAAGAGGAGAAAGAGAAAUUCUGAUAUCAAUGGUGACUUUGAUCAGGGAGAUGUCGUCGUUGCGUUUGGAACCAACUCUUCCGAAAUUCGGAUGUACUCACCCGCGGAGGAUAAGAUUGUCGGUACACUUGCAGACGGACAUGAGAAAGGAAUCAAGGAUUUCAAAUUCACGUCCAGUCGACCCGGUCAAGAGGGUUGGAGUAUUGGUGGAGAUAACAAGCUAGUGCAGUGGGACCUCCGCACUGGACAGAAGACGAGGGUCAUUCAUCUACCCUCUACAUCGACAUAUAACACACUCUCGCGCCCGCUUCCUUCCAAUCCUCAUGUCAUCUGCGCCUCCCAAACCCCCUACAUCGUUAGCGUGGAGAAUGAUGACGCCCCCAUCUCGUUCGAUGCUAUGCGUAACCCAGUCAGACAAAUAUUCACCUCUUCCACAGAGUCUGCGGCUACAGGCCUAUUCCUGGCAUCAGAUAGUGAUCGAUACAUCAACGUCUUCGAUAUUGAGAAACAGAGGCUUGCCAUGAACCUCGUGGCUGAGCAGGGAGUGAGCUCCCUAGCGCUGUAUACUGGUGUCGAGAGGAAGGGCGAUGCUCUGCCGGCAGAGAAGCAAGUCCUCGCUACCGUUACUGAGGACGGCACGAUUGAACUCUUCACCCGGCCAUUCGUCACCCCCGUCGAGCAGACUUCAGCUAAGGGUGCCGCUAGCCUCAAGGCCCGAUCGAAACAGGCUAUCAGAAGAGCGGAGGCAUCGAUCAAGGUUACCAUGUCCGCUUCUUCCCAGGCUCUUGUGUCGGUGGUGGCAGCGACCUUCCAGGGUCCUGAACUGGUUGUUGUCUGGGCUGACGGUGGUGUUGUUCCUGUCUUUGAGCGGAUCCAAUGGCUCAAUGAAGAGACCGACGAAGUUCUGUUCACCGGUACCAGGACCAUUCCUAGAACCAAGACCGGCGGAGUUCUGGGGAAUGUGACCACGAGCCAGGCAAGAGGCGCCAGAGAACUCGAUGUUGAUCAAUCCAGGGCCAUGGUAGAGCAAGGCAACAUGAUCGAAGAUGACGUCGAGAUGCAAGAUUCUAAAGAAGAUCGCGAUUCUGUGGCCGAAAGCGAAGAAGAGUCUGACUCUGACGUCGAAGAUGAAAAGCCUUCGAAGCAGCUGCAAAAGACGGAGGAGGAUAGCGAUGUUGAAAUGGGUAACGGGCAGGAGUCGGGCUCCGAGGAGGAGGAGGAGGAAGACGAAACUGGCGAACCGUCUUUCGGUGAGCUUGUGCGCGCCAACCAGGAAAUCGUUGACGUCGAAGCCGAGCUCGAGGACGAUGUGCAUAUGGGUUCCCUGAUUCCCGGAAAGCCGAACGCCGCGAUCCAGCAAAUCCCUUCGGGCGUGUCAUUGUCCACCGUCCUCACCCAGUCUCUCAAGACGAAUGACAACGCUAUGCUCGAGUCAUGCUUCCACACCGGCGAUCAGUCCAUCAUUCGUACCACUAUUCAGCGCCUCGACUCUUCCCUGGCAGCCACUCUCCUCCAGAAACUCGCAGAGCGUCUCUCCGGCCGUCCUGGCCGCUACGGCCACCUUCUUAUCUGGGUGCAAUGGACCUGUGUUGCGCACGGUGGAGCUCUUGCGGGUAAGCCAGAGCUUCUGAAGCGGAUGUCGACCCUCUUCAAGGUCAUGGAGCAGCGUUCCUCCAGCCUUCCCUCGUUGCUUUUGCUGAAGGGCAAGCUGGAUAUGUUGGAUGCCCAGCUCGGUUUGAGACGGUCGAUCCAUAACGGCGAAGAAGCCAUGGACAGCGAAGAUGAGGAGAACAUCAUCUACGUGGAGGGACAGGAGGACGAAUACGAUGACAGCGAUGCCGAGGCGAACAAGGACACCGUCACCCCCCGCACCAAGUCGAUACGUGAUCAGGCCUACGAUGAGGAAGAGUCGAUGAUGAACGGCGUGCACUACGGUGGAGACUCGUCUGAGGACGAAGAAGAGGGCAGCGAAGAAGAGGACGAUGAGGACGAGAACAUUCUCGAUGUCGAGGCGGAAGAAUCCGCCGGCUCCUCGGACGCGGAGGAGUCCCUCGAGGAGGACGAAGACGAAGACGACGAGGACGCCGAGAGCGUCGGCUCCAUGGUGGACUUCAUCGCCGACACGGAAGACGAGGACGAUUCUGAGAACGAGGCUAUUGCUGCUCCCCAGCCUCCACCUUCCAAGAAGGCUCGGCUGAACGGCGGUGGUGGCGGCGGGCGAGGCAAGGGAAAGAAGGCAGGAAAAAGAUAGGCGAUAGAUAACAAUUCUCUCUUUUUUUUUCUUCUUUCUUUUCUCUCUCAUCUUGUCAUCCAUCUACUACAACAUCCACCACCCCAACCAUUAGAUUUUAUACCCCCGUUCUUCACAGCAGCAGCGGCAGCAGCAGCAGCAAAUGUUGGUGUCCUUUCUCCCCCCGGAUGUUUUCAUUAUUGCCUCCAACCCCACCCAAAAAAAGUACAGAGAGCGGGAGUGUCGAAGUCAGGGAUCAUGUUUGUAUUGUCUGUUUGGAAUCUAUUUAUUUUCUUUCUACUGGGUUCAGGUUCAGGUUCCUUUCCCUCUUAUGCC